AUGGGGAAGACUUUCCGCAAGCAACACAUCAGCCUGGCUGGUGAUUUCGGGCCAAUCUCCGAGAAGAUCAAGCAGUGGGUUGAGGCCAACGGUGGUGAUUUCUCAAAACACCCUGAGAAAGGUGCAACAACUCAUCUUAUCACGACCAAGGAUGCGUUCCGGAAGCGCGAUGCAACGGUCCAACAGGCUCGCAAAAUCAAGGGCCUUAAAAUUGUGAAGCUGGAAUGGCUUGAGGAUUCCCUUCUGUCCAAAACCAGGCGACCCAAACGUGAGAAUGAAUAUCUGUGGUACCAAACACGAGGCACCUGCAAGAGGGAUACAGGAAAGCGCAAGAAUGCCUCCAAGAAUAUUGAUGGCGUAGGCUCCAACUGCUUGAAAAAGCAACGGCGUAACCAUGGUCCGGGAAAUGAGACGACCAUCAUAUAUUUACCGAUUCUGAAGGAUUUUGUGCGCCCUCUGGAAGACGUCAGGUUCAAAGAAAAACAUACCCUUCAACUCUACGAAUCUGAUUCAAGCCCUCAUGCCUAUGUAGCGUUGGUGAAAUACACUCGGGUUGGAAGGGCUGGAUCGGCGUUUCUUGCGCCGACUGGAAGUACAUGGGAGUUCGCAUUCGGAGCCUUCACCAAGUUUUUCAAGGCCAAAUGUGGGAAACGAUGGGAGGAAAGGAUGGACGACACCGAGCCUCUACCGCGAAAAGACGGAGAAGGAUGCGUCCUACCCCCGAGCGAGAACUGGUUGAGGUUUGAACCACAAACAGGGAUACCGGCAGGCACUGCAAAUCGAGUAGUUCCACUGCUUCGGCAGAGCAAAGACAGACGAAGGAAGUGGAAUCAUGAGAACUGA